AUGUUUGACAAGACUAAAGUAGACUACUCCUUGUAUCUGGUUACAGACUCUACUAUGUUACCGCCAGGUACGACUCUAGAGUCUCAGGUAUAUGCUGCUUUGCAAAACGGUGUUACUUUGGUGCAACUACGUGAAAAGGACACUGACACCAAGAUCUUUAUUCAGCAUGCAGUGAAGGUGCAGAAGCUCUGUCGUGAGUUCAAAGUCCCGUUGAUAAUCAACGAUAGAGUGGAUGUAGCGCUAGCUAUAGACGCCGAUGGCGUCCAUGUUGGACAAGGAGAUAUGCCGAUUUCUAUGGUUCGUAAAUUAGUGGGACCUGACAAGAUCGUUGGCUGGAGUGUAGGUUACGAACAUGAGGUUCAGGAACUUGCGGCUAUGGGACCGCAAGGUGUGGAUUAUGUGGGGCUUGGGAUGGUAUUCCCUACUAACACCAAGAAAAAUCCUAAGAAAAGUCCUAUGGGUCCUAGAGGCGUAUCUAAACUACUGGACACUCUGCAGACCUCCAACGCGACGUGGUGCAGAACUGUGGCCAUUGGUGGUCUACACCCAGAUAAUAUUCCUCGCGUUUUAUCUCAGAUGUGUUCGAAUGAUGGUAAGAGAAGUGUCGACGGUAUCGCAGUAGUAAGCGACAUUAUGGCCUCUUCAGAGGCAGGAAAGGCAACAAAAAGACUACGCAAUUUGAUUGACAGUAAAAACUAUCAAUACGUGGACUUCGUCGUUAACAACCCCGAAUCACAUUCACCUGCGCUCGAAAAAGAGUAUAUCCAAGUAACAACUUUGAACUCUCCGCUAAUUCAUCACAUCACCAACAAAGUGCACUACAAUUUUGGUGCUAAUGUGGCUCUGGCGCUAGGCUCGUCCCCGAUUAUGUCCGAAAUCGAAUCCGAAUUUGUUGAGCUAUCUCAAGUUCCCCACGCCACUCUUUUGUUGAAUACAGGGUCGGUGGCUCCUUUAGAAUCUUUGACGAGCGCGAUGCGUGCUUAUAAUUCAGCAGGUAGGCCUAUUGUAUUUGAUCCUGUGGGCUUCAGUGCUACUUCUGUUCGUUUACAGCUGAACAGUCAUCUCCUUGCAUAUGGUCAAUUUGCUUGUAUUAAAGGCAACGCUGGUGAAAUUCUCUCUCUUGCUGACUUGAAUACAGGCAAAAUGAGAGGUGUAGACUCUGGCGAUAAUGGAUCUAACCUUUCUCUUUUAGUUGAAGCUACUAAAAUUGUAGCUUUCAGAUACCGGUGCGUUGCAGUUUGCACAGGGAAAAUUGAUGUUGUUGCAGAUGGAACAUGCGAGGGUAAGUUUAAGCUUUCGUCAGGUUCUCCUUUAAUACCAUCUCAAAUUCCGGCAUAUAAGGUGGAGUGUGGAGAUAUUCCAGUAAUGGGUAGAAUAACAGCAAGUGGAUGCUCAUUAGGUACAACAAUAGCAUGUCUAGUAGGGGGGCUGUCAAAAGAUCAAUCUCUGUUGUCAGCCGUGCUAACAGCAGUUCGAUUGUAUAAAUCUGCGGGCUAUCUUGCAUCGUCUCGUUGCGAAGGAAGCGGCAGUUUUCAAGUGCGCCUGAUUGACGCCCUAGACCAGAUGUUUCAAGGAGAAGAUCCCCAAUAUUGGAAGGCUACCUUAUCUUCGGCUUGA